AUGGCUCAAAUGUUUGCUGUCAUAUUCCUCUUGUCACAGCUACAAAUAAGUUUUUCCCAAAGUCUGGACACGAAAAAUGGCGAUGAUAAAUGUGUGCUAGGAGCAUCGGACAAAUCUCUGCUGUCAUUAAACUCCCAACUACAAGACGUGGAACAGAAAGAUUGUUUAAAAGGAUGGGUCAAGCAUGGAAAUUCAUGCUACAUGCUAAACACACAGAAGUUAACAUGGGAACAAGCAAACGAUAAUUGUCGAGGAUUGUCAGCCAGGUUGGUUGAAAUAGAGACAAAGCCCGAGAACAUCUUUAUAGAAAACAUCAUAAAGAAAAGAGAAGCUAACGGCCAGGCCUGGUUGGGUGCUUCAGACAAUACACAAGAAAACACCUGGAUUUGGAAUUACUCAGGGUUACCAUUACGCUUCUCUAACUGGAGGCAGGGAGAACCAAACAAUGACGAAGGAAGUGAAGAUUGCAUGGGAAUACUUUCCCAGGACGGAACUUGGAAUGAUUUGCCAUGUUCAGCUUUGUUCAUGUUUGUCUGUGAAAAAGACCUUUAA